GGGAGGCUGCCCUUGCUCCUGUACAAGUCCAUCAUGUCAUUCAGCCAGGUGGAUUCCAUCUGGGGGAUCGACGCUACCUGACAUGCUUUCGGCUUCCACAUUGCCCGCCAUCCGGAAUCCACUGCGCUGCCUGACCGACGGAAUCCAGGUGGUCGCCAGGUAAUCUUCAUCGAAUCGUCCAAUGGAUCUCAGCGGGCGUCGAGACCACCUGGAUCCCAAGCGCGGGAUGUAUGUGCACCUUGAUAUGUGGUAUCUGCUCGUCACCUGGUAUCUUCGUUGGGAUCACCGUAACGGGAUCGCUCGCGCACUAGAGGGAGCCAUGGCUGGGGAGGCCGCACCUUGAAAGUCCAGGUUACUAGCUGCCUCUGCUAUCGCACCGCAGGCGUCCCAAGACGGUCAUCCGCGAUGGCGCUACAUAGGAGCGGGUACCGUCUUGUGCUAUAAGUUUCGGCAGAAUCGCUCCCAUUUGAUAAAUGUAGGAUCUUAGACGACAAGGACUGCAGCUGCCAUAGCCGUUGGUGAUUUGACCUCUACUAGGACCUGUCGAUAGGAUGCUGGAGACUUGACUGUAUUCGAUAGUUCUUGCUAUGUACCACGUCAGAUCCCUUCGCCAGGU